AGCGCUCCGCCGAACCGUCGUCUUCUUCGUUUCUCGCCCUUUUUUAUCCGCAAUGUGUUUAUAACACAGGGCUCUGCUCAUAUUGCCUUCUUGGUUUUCCGAAAGUUUUAAAAUUUGAAACUUACUUCAAGUUGAAUAUCUAAAGAUUUCAAAUAAACAGUCAAACACUGUCAGAAUGAGUGCUCUUCUCGACUUGUUUGCCGGCUCUCUUGGAGGAGCCGCCGGAGUCCUUGCCGGUCAUCCCUUGGACACUGUAAAAGUUCGCCUUCAGACACAAAGUGGGCCAACACCGCAGUAUCGUGGCACAUUCCACUGUUUCAAGCUGAUAGUCCAAAAAGAGGGCUUUCGUGGAUUAUACAAAGGAAUGUCAUCACCACUUCUAUCCUUAUCUGCAAUCAAUGCAAUUGUAUUCGGAGUACAUGGAGGUACUUGCAGACAAAUGGAAGAUCCCGAUUCAAUAACUUCACAUUUUGUUGGUGGAUGUGCUGCUGGAAUGGCUCAAAGUGUAAUCGCAGCGCCGACGGAAAGAAUCAAGCUUCUUCUCCAGAUUCAAGAUGAUAAAGCUCACACGAAAUUCAAUGGGCCGAUCGAUGCAACAAAGCAAUUGCUAAGAACUCAUGGAUUGAAAUCUUUGACAAGAGGUUUCCUUGCCACAGUUGCUCGUGAUGCUCCAGCAUUCGGCGUCUACUUUGCUUCAUAUGAAUGGAUGGCUCGAUCAAUGUGUAAGGAUGGAGAAACAAGUACCCUAUCAAGUGGUCAACUUCUGUUUGCUGGUGGUACUGCUGGAAUGCUUUCAUGGUUGUUCAAUUAUCAAACUGAUAUUAUAAAGUCAAGAUUCCAAGCUGAUAAUUCGUACAAAUCAUACAUGCAUUGCAUCAAGCAAACAUAUCUGGAACGAGGCUAUCGAGGAUUCUUUGUUGGUCUCAAUUCGGCGCUUAUCAGAGCCUUCCCAUCAAACGCAGCAACAUUCUUCACAGUCGAAUGGACAUAUCGUAUUCUUCUUGACUUCAACGUUAUCGAUAAUGUAACUAAGGAAGCCGAAAAAAUAUGCGCUGAAAGCCAACUUCUACCGUUCGAGGAAUUGACGUUGUCAUAUCUUAUCCUGUGAUAAAAAUGGAUAAAAAUGGAUAGAACUGAGCCGACAUGCAACACUGACAAUCUGACAGUAGAAACAAAUAUCCAACUGACAAUCACUCACUCCGACCACUCAACCACCUACACGUAAAGAACAGGAAAAGACGUUUGUCACAACGUCACAAGAGAAAUGUAAACGCCUUCUAACACAAACCGACUUCUGGGCAACAAACAAUCACUUUUUGCUGCCUGAAGCAGGUUCAACUAUCGUCGACCCGAUGCUUCAUGGAUACCGAUUCUUCUGAAAAUCUUCAAUUUUACUUCUCUAAAACGGCCACCUACGCAAACAUCUUUUUGUCACGGAAUCAGAAUUUCAAUAUAUUCUGAUCGGUUAGCUUGUGUCGCAGAGGUCGGCUCGACGGGUUCCAAAUACCAAAAAAAAAACCAAUCAAUCUCAAAAGCCGACCUCUGAUCUCGAUUGUGCCAACCGAAACCGGUUUUAAUUGUUUUAUGGUAUUUUUGUUGUUAUUUGAAAAUCUUCUUGUAUACUUCUCAACGGGUACACAUCCACUUGACUUGUUCGCUUAUCCAAAAUAGGAACAUGACAAUAAAAUGAUUGUCUUAUCAA